AUGCCAAUGCUCCGCGACCCCUCCCAGAAAUACGCCCCCUUCGCGGCCCCCUCUCUUCCAGAUCGAACGUGGCCCUCCAAGACCAUCACGAAAUCGCCACGAUGGCUCGCUACCGAUCUUCGAGAUGGGAAUCAGAGUCUAGCUCACCCGAUGACCGUAGCAGAAAAGCAAAUCUACUUCGACCUCCUCAUCCGCAUGGGCUUUAAAGAAAUCGACGUCGCCUUCCCCAGCGCCUCCGAAACCGAGUUCAACUUCACGCGCCAGCUCGUCGAGACGCCAAAUGCGGUCCCAGAAGACGUCUGGCUGCAAGUCCUCUCGCCCUGCCGCCGCGAGCUGAUCAAGCGCACCGUGGAGAGCGUGACCGGGGCGAAGAAGGCAAUUAUCAGCCUCUACAUUGCGUCCAGCGACGCCUUCCAAUCCACCAUCUUCGGGCUGUCGCGUCAAGACGUCUUCGACAUGGCCGUCGACUGCGUCCGCUACACGAAAUCAAUCACCAAAGACGACCCAGCGCAGCACGGCACGAGCUGGAAUCUGAUGUUCAGCCCGGAAGCGUUCUCAGAUACCGACUCGUCCUACGCCAUCGCGCUCUGCGACGCGGUCCGCGAAGCGUGGGAUCCCACGCCCGAAAUCCCGCUUAUCCUGAAUCUCCCAGCCACGGUCGAGAUGAGCACGCCAAACACCUUCGCCGACCAAGUCGAGCUCUUCUGCCGCGCCUUCCCCCACGACUCCGUCACCGUCUCGCUGCACCCCCACAAUGACCGCGGCUGCGCCGUCGCCGCGGCCGAGCUGGGCCAGCUCGCGGGCGCGACGCGCGUCGAGGGGUGUCUCUUCGGGAACGGCGAGCGGACCGGAAACGUGGAUCUGGUGACGCUCGCGCUGAAUCUGUACACCCAAGGAGUCGACCCCGAGCUUGAUUUCUCGGAUCUUCCAGGGAUUCGAAAGACGGUGGAGAAGCUCACGCAGAUUCCAGUGCACAUGCGCGCGCCGUACGCUGGAGACUCGGUGUUUUUGGCGUAUAGCGGCAGCCAUCAGGAUGCGAUCAACAAGGGGUUCAAAAUGUGGGAGAAUCCCCCGACGGAGGGGAAGAAGAAUAUUUGGACGGUGCCGUAUCUGCCGCUUGAUCCGAAGGAUAUCGGCGCCACGUAUGAGUCGGUUAUUAGGGUUAAUUCGCAGAGUGGGAAGGGGGGAGUAGCGUGGACGUUGCAGAGGAGUGUUGAUUUGGAUCUGCCGAAAGCGCUACAGCAGGACUUCUCGAAGAUUGUUAAGAGCGCCUCGGAUAAGGUUGGUCGAGUCUUGUCGCCGGUUGAUAUCCAGGAUCUUUUCUUGGACACGUAUCAUGUCCGACAGAGGGAUGCGAGGAUCCUGAAGCAUGGAUAUCACGCCCGAGGGAGGAGUAGUCAGGUUGAAAUUUCUGCGACAAUCCUCAUCAACGGACUCGCCAGGGAUAUUCGGGGGAGUGCAGACGGUAUCGCCGCGGCCGUUUCCAGUGCACUAGCAAUUGGAACUGGCCUCCAGCUUCCCUUCGAGGUCUUUGAGCGGAAAUGGGUAGAGAACGGCAAGACACAGGAAAUGGCCGUCGCAAAUUGCCACUUGAAGGGUGGGCACUACGUGUCUUGGGGCGCCAGCAUGUGCUCUACUUUCGAAGAAGCUGAGUUACUAGCUUGUCUUUCCUCUGCUUUGGGCCUGCAAAAAUACGUUCCGAGCUUGAGGCUUCUCCCCAUCGCUCCGGAAGCCCAGAUAAUGCAAGAAGUACGAGAUAGGAGAGAGCUGGUUCGAGUUCGUUAAGAGCAUUCGUAAAGAAGUAUCGAAGAAGGAUGACUUAAUCGUUUGAAGGAGGUUGUAGAACGUCAUGUGAUUGCAGGUAAUCCUGAAAUCUUCUACUCGAACGUUUCUUCAAUAGAGAAUAGAGCCGUAUGCUUCGUGUU